CUUUUCUUCUUCUCAUUAUCUAGGUGAUGCUUAGAUGAUUGAACCAUCACUUAUUACUAUGUACUACUAUAAGUAGUAGUAAUCCACGCUAACCGCUUUUCGGAUUCAAGAGUGAGACGGAGUUAACCGUGGAGAUUAUGUGGUAUAUAAACAGUCUGCUAAUAUUGAAUCAUGUCCUACAAACCCAUCAAUCUCACUAUGAAAUUCCUCAUUACUGGAGCCACCGGCUUCGUCGGGUCCGCCGUGGUCGACGAACUGCUCGCAGCAGGGCACAGCGUGGUCGGACUCGCCCGCUCCGACGCCUCUGCAGCCCUUCUCCAGGCGAAAGGCGUCCAGGUCCUGCGCGGGACGCUGGCAGACCAUUCCGUGCUCAAACAGGGAGCGUCCGAGUGCGAGGGCGUGGCCCAUCUCGCGUUCGACCAUGACUUUGCCAAGUUUGCAGAGAACGCAGUGGAAGAGCGAGCGGCGAUCGAAGCCCUGGCGUCGGCGCUGGAGGGAACGAAUAAACCGCUUGUGGUGACUUCGGGCACGAUGGCCAUGGUUAGAGAGAAUCUCGUCGGCAGCGAAGAUACGCCGGUCGACAUGGAGUCGCCCAUGAAGAUCCGCACGGCCACCGAGACGGUUGUGCUCGCCCUCGCCGCGCGGGGGAUCCGAUCGAGUGUCGUCCGUCUGGCUCCGAGUGUGCACGGAGACGGCGACAGGGGGUUUGUGUAUAGAAUCAGCGCUGCCGCCAAGGAACACGGCGAGUCGCUGUAUAUCGGCCAGGGGAGCAACUGCUGGCCGGCGGUGCAUCGCCGCGAUGCAGCCCGUCUCUACCGGCUUGCCCUGGAGAAGGGAGUCGCCGGAUCGCGAUACCACGCGGUCGGCGAGGAGGCGGUGCCCACGCGAGCCAUUGCUGAAGCCAUCGGGCAGAGCCUGCAGGUGCCUGUCGUGUCCAAGACUGUGCAGGACGCCGUGCAGCGACUUGGGUUUGUUGGAUAUCCGUUUGCUGCGGACAGCCGGGCGUCGAGCACGAAGACGCAGCAGGAGCUGGGAUGGACGCCGAGAGAGGCUACUUUGUUGGAGGACAUUGGCAAGGGUGUUUAUAAUUAGACUAGUACUCUCUAGGAAUUCUCUAGGGUUAUUGAAGAACCAUGGAUUUGAUAGACCUGGGUUGUAGUCUGAUUCUCUAACCCUAACCUAUACAUUUUCUAUGCACUUACUGUUCUUAAGUAGGGUUAGGUUGUAGACUGAAUCCUUAACCCUAAC